AUGGCGGGCUGCUGUUGCCUGUCGGCGGAGGAGAAGGAGUCGCAGCGUAUCAGCGCGGAGAUAGAGCGGCAGCUUCGCCGCGACAGGAAGGACGCGCGCCGCGAGCUCAAGCUGUUGCUGCUGGGAACUGGCGAAAGUGGAAAAAGUACCUUUAUCAAGCAAAUGAGAAUUAUCCAUGGAUCUGGUUACAGUGAUGAAGACAGAAAGGGUUUCACAAAGCUGAUUUACCAAAACAUAUUCACCGCCAUGCAAGCCAUGAUCAGAGCUAUGGACACCCUCAGGAUACACUAUGUGUGGGAGCAGAAUAAGGAAAAUGCCCAGAUCAUCAAAGAAGUGGAAGUGGACAAAGUGUCAGCAUUAUCCAGGACCCAUGUAGAGGCCAUCAAACAGCUCUGGAAGGACCCUGGAAUCCAGGAGUGCUAUGACCGCAGGAGGGAGUACCAGCUGUCCGAUUCCACCAAAUAUUACCUGACGGACAUUGACCGAAUCGCCAUGCCUUCCUUUGUGCCAACACAGCAAGAUGUGCUUCGGGUCCGAGUGCCCACAACUGGCAUCAUUGAAUAUCCUUUUGACUUGGAAAACAUCAUCUUUCGGAUGGUGGAUGUCGGUGGCCAGCGAUCUGAAAGACGGAAAUGGAUUCACUGCUUUGAAAGUGUCACUUCCAUUAUUUUCUUAGUUGCUUUGAGUGAAUAUGACCAGGUCCUCGCUGAGUGUCACAAUGAGAACCGCAUGGAAGAGAGCAAAGCCUUAUUUAAAACCAUUAUUACCUACCCGUGGUUUCUGAACUCCUCCGUGAUUCUGUUCUUAAAUAAAAAAGAUCUUCUGGAAGAGAAAAUCAUGUACUCUCAUCUCAUUAGCUAUUUCCCAGAAUACAAAGGACCAAAACAGGAUGUCAAAGCUGCCAGAGACUUUAUCCUGAAGCUUUAUCAAGAUCAGAAUCCUGACAAGGAGAAAGUCAUCUAUUCCCACUUCACAUGUGCCACAGAUACAGAGAAUAUCCGCUUUGUGUUUGCUGCCGUUAAAGACACAAUUCUACAAAUCAAUCUGAGGGAAUUCAACCUAGUUUAA